CUGUGGCCCUUAGCUGAAGAAAAUCAUGCUCAGUCGCAUAAUGGACUUCUGGAAUCUGACAAUCAAAAUAAUGUUCUUGUCACAAACUACAGCUGGAAUUCUGGGAAAUUUCUCCCUUCUUUCCUACUAUCUAGUCUACUAUGGAACAUACACAUUAAAGCCCACAGAUUUGAUUCUCAUGCACCUAAUGGCAGCCAAUGCCUUGAUCAUUCUCUCUGCAGGAGUUCCAAACACAAUGGCAGCUUUUGGUUUGAAGCAGUUUUUGAAUGAUUUUAGGUGCAGAUUAAUUUUGUACAUACAAAGAAUCAGCCGGGGUGGGUCCAUUGGCACCACCUGCCUCUUGAGUGUCUACCAGGCCAUGACCAUCAGUCCCGGGAAAUCUUGUUGGAAGGAUCAUAAAGUCAAAGCUGUGAAGUGCAUUUGCUACUCCAUUGCCCUCCCCUGGGGCUUUUAUAUGUUGAUAAAUUUCAUUUUCCUUGUGUACACAUUUGUCAAAAAGAAUAGUGAAAAUGUGACAAGAAAACAAGAUUUUGGAUACUGCUUUAUUAUGGGGAGUGAUGAAAUCAAUGACUCACUCUAUGCAGCAUUGGUAAUGUGCCCUGAGUUCUUCUUUUCUGUACUCAUGGCAUAUUCCAGUGGCUCCAUGAUUGUCAUUCUUUACAGACACAAGGAGAGGGUUCGACACAUCCGCAGCACUCAUGGUUCCAUCAAAACCUCGCCUGAGUCCACAGCCACUCAGAACAUCCUUGCCUUGGUGUCUACCUUUCUUGCUUUUUAUACUCUCUCCUCUGUCUUACGGGGCUGUAUUGCUAUUUUGCAUAAUCACAGUUGGUGGUUGGUGAAUAUCACUCGCUUCACUUCUCUAUGUUUUCCCUGCUUUGGACCCUUUGUUCUCGUGAAGCACUAUUCCAUUCUGCCUAGACUCAGUUUGGUCUGA